AUGAACGUUCUUGUGUAUUCAGGUCCAGGUACCACCAAGGAAUCAGUCAAGCAUUGUCUUGAGACUUUACGGUUACAACUCUCGCCACAUUAUGCGGUCGUGACUAUUUCCGAGGCCGCCUUGAUCAACGAUCCAUGGCAAACGAAAUCAUCUUGUUUGGUGAUGCCAGGAGGUGCUGAUCUACCAUAUUGUGAAGCUUUACGAGGUGAAGGAAUAAAAAAAAUUAACCAAUUUGUUAGGAAAGGUGGUAAAUACAUUGGGUUCUGUGCUGGAGGGUACUUUGGAUCAUCUAGAUGUGAAUUUGAAGUUGGAAAUCCUCUUAUGGAAGUCAGUGGACCACGAGAAUUGGGCUUUUUCCCCGGUGUAGCUAGAGGCUGCGCCUUCAAAGGGUUUGUAUAUGAAUCUCACGAAGGAGCCAAGGCUCCUAAGUUGGCGGUGAACAAAGCGUUAGUUUCUUCUUUCCCCGGUGAAUUUGUCAAGAAUUAUUAUAAUGGUGGGGCAACUUUUGUUGAUGCUUCAUCCUUCCCCAAUGUUGAGGUUUUGGCAAGAUACACUGAUGUCUUGGAUGUAGAGAGUCCUGAUAACGCGGCCAUUAUCUUGUGUCAAGUUGGAAAGGGGAAAGCUUUGCUAACAGGAACACAUCCUGAGUUUUCAGCUUCAUUAUUGAAAGCUGCUGAAACCGAAAAGGUCUUCAAAAGCAUUAUAAGUGAGUUAAAAGACCAGGAAUUGGAAAGUACUUUAUUUUUGAAAGGAUUGUUAGAAAAACUUGGACUUAAAAUCAAUGAAAAUUUAGAGGCGGGGAUACCAGGUUUAACUCCGAUUCAUAUUGUAUCACCACUAGCUCCAGAAAGAUCCCAUUCCUUAUAUAAAUCCAUUCAAGAUAAGGUGGAAUUUGUCGAUAAUGCAAAGAACUCUGUUUUUGAAGACUUUACCAAUACUUUCCAUAUAUAUAAUGAAGCUUCUGAUGAUAGCAUGCUUGAUGACUCUAAUGAUCCUGCGGAUUUAACUGAUGUCAGUGUGAAGAUCUACGAUAAAGGUGGUCUUCCUGAUGAUAGAUUGACUCCAUAUUUCAACUUGGACAAAUAUUUCCAUGUCUUAGCUUCAUUAGGAGGUCAGAACAUCAAGGUGGGGUCCUUGCUUGGUUAUGGUGAAGUGGUUACUUCAACAAACACCUUAAUGGAUAGCAACCAGACGUUCUUAGAAAACUUACCUCACGGUUUCACUUUAACUGCAUCUGUUCAAGUGGCAGGUAAAGGUCGUGGAGGAAACGUGUGGGUUAAUCCAAAAGGUGUUAUGGCCACUUCCAUCUUAUUCAAGAUUCCUGCUGACGAAAGACAAUCAUCUUCCGUUGUCACAUUGCAAUAUUUGUGUGGACUUGCACUCAUAGAGCUGAUCUUAGGCUUUGGAAGUACUGAUUCUGGUAGUGGGGUUGGAUACGAAGACAUUCCUAUCCGAAUUAAGUGGCCCAAUGACUUAUUUGUGAUGAAACCCGAGUAUUUCAAUAGUAUAGAAGAUGGUCAGAAUACCAGUGAUACUGUUGAUGGAGACGAGCAACGUUGGGUUAAGAUUCUGGGUGCCCUUAUCAAAUCAUUAUAUGUGAAUAAGCAAUUCCAUCUUGUAUGGGGAGGAGGAGUCAAUGUUUCCAAUGAAGCUCCUACCACAUCGUUGAACCUUGUGUUAGCCAAGUUAAAUGAGAUUAGAGCUCAUUCAGGUCUUCCAAGUUUACCUCCUUAUGAUCAUGAAUCAUUGUUAGCCAAGUUGGUAUUCACAAUGGACAGUUUUUAUGAGGUUUUCGCCAGAUCGGGGUUGAGACCGUUCUUGCCUUUGUACUAUAAGAGAUGGUUCCAUUCCGAUCAAAUUGUCGUGGUCCAGGAUGAUGCUCAUAACAGCCGCAAAUGUAUCAUCAAAGGUAUUACCCCAGAUUAUGGAAUGUUGGUUGCACACGAUAUCAGUAAUAACCAAAGGUUGGAACUUCAACCUGAUGGCAACUCAUUUGAUAUUUUCAAAGGCUUAGUAUAUUCCAAGAAAUAA